AACUAAUAAAACAGGUAUAGGUUACGUACUCGUUACAUGGUUAAGGUUAUAUUAGUUUAACAAAUCUAAUCUUGCUGUUACUUGGUUAGCAUUGAUACAACUGUGGGUUGAAUUGUUUUGACAUUUCUAUCACGUAGUUCCUGCUAACGUUAUUCCUAAUGGCUGAGGAAGCUGAAAGUAGUUGGUGUCCAAGACCCUUCGAUUAUAUAUUACUCGGCGGUGGUAUGUACCUGCUGUUCAUGUGUUUUGGGAAGAAGAAACCAAGCAGAGGCGACCUUUCGCCCAUUGUAGAUGGUAGCGAUGAUGAUGUGGCGUGUGGGUAUGGUACGUUUGAGGCGAGCCGAGCAACAACGUUCGAAGACAAAGAAACGCAAACCGAUACAUGCUCUAUCGCCACCGUGUGGCAGACUGUGGCAGUGGGCGAUCACGCAGACGACAAGACACACAGGAGCGAAUUAUUGUUAGAUUUCUCGACGGGAGACGUAAGGCGCAGUGAAUCGGUUCAACGUAAAAGUGUUGCGCAACGUUUGAUCACCGUGGAUGAAGACAACUAAGUUUACAUUAGAGUGAAAAUUGUUGGGAAACACUGGAGUUAGUUUUAUAAUUUUUAACUGUUGGGAAUUUACUCUAAACAGUAACACUGUUAUUUUUGCGCGUGCAGGUUAAUAAUAUAUCGAGAAAUUACUUUGGCCAA